GUGGGGGAGUCAUCGGCGACCUCGUCGGGUUUGUUGCCGCAACCUUCAUGCGCGGCGUGCGCUUCGUGCAGAUCCCUACGACACUCCUCGCCAUGGUCGACUCUAGCGUGGGAGGCAAGACUGCUAUCGACACGCCCCACGGCAAGAACCUUAUUGGCGCGUUCUGGCAGCCGGAGUACAUCUUCAUAGACGCCGCCUUCCUGGAGACGCUCCCAGCGCGCGAGUUCUCCAAUGGCAUGGCUGAAGUCGUCAAGGUUCACCGCCGCAUCUGGAACGAGGACGAGUUCUCCGCGCUCGAGUCGCGCUCCGCGGAGAUCUUCGCGGCCAUCCAGACGCCCUCGAAGGACUUCUCCGGGCGCACUGCAGCGACCGCUCUGCCGCCCAGCACUACUCUUUCCGUCAUCGCGGGCUCAAUCUCCGUCAAGGCGCACAUCGUCACCAUCGACGAGCGCGAGACCGGCCUGCGCAACCUCGUCAACUUCGGGCACACCAUCGGGCACGCUAUCGAGGCCGUGCUCACGCCCACGAUCCUCCAUGGCGAGUGUGUCAGUGUCGGCAUGAUCCUGGAGGCGGAGUCAAGUCGCAGUCGGGCGUUGACGCGCUGCCUCAGGGCGUACAACCUCCCCGUGUCCCUCUCGGACCCGCGCAUCGCUAGCUUACCUGCUGCCAAGGGCCUCGGUGUGGAGCGCUUACUGGACAUCAUGAAGAUCGACAAGAAGAACAGCGGUCCGCAGAAGAAGAUUGUGAUCCUCUCUAGGAUUGGGGCUACCUUUGAGCAGAAGGCGACUGUCGUCGCAGACAACGUCAUCUCGAAGACGUUGUCGGAGGCGGUCAGGGUCGCGGCGGGCAUCCCGACGAAGAGCCCCAUCACAAUGGCCACGCCUGGCUCGAAGAGUAUAUCUAACCGUGCGCUACUCCUCGCUGCGCUUGGCAAGGGAACGUGCCGGCUGAGGAACCUGUUGCACUCCGAUGAUACGCAAGUCAUGAUGAACGCGCUCGGCGAAUUGAAGGGUGCCAGUUUCUCUUGGGAAGACGGUGGUGAGACCCUGGUCGUAGAAGGCGGACAAGGUUCUCUGUCCGUACCCCCGAACGGCAAGGAAAUCUACCUCGGUAACGCCGGAACCGCUGCGCGUUUCCUGGCUACGGUCUGCACACUCGUGCAGAGCUCCGUGCCAGGCGAGCGCACGGUCAUCACCGGGAACGCGCGCAUGAAGCAGCGUCCGAUCGGGCCUCUCGUGGAGGCCCUGCGCGCCAACGGCAGCGACAUCCAGUAUCUCGAGUCCCAGGGUUGUCUCCCGCUCUCGACCGCCCCCGCAGGGUUGAAAGGUGCACGAAUCCAGCUCGCGGCGAGCGUCUCCAGCCAAUACGUCUCGUCUAUCUUGCUGUGCGCACCGUAUGCGCAGGAAGCGAUCACCCUCGAGUUGACGGGCGGCCAAGUCAUCUCGCAGCCCUACAUCGACAUGACCGUCGCGAUGAUGCGCACCUUCGGUGUGGAUGUCGUCCGCGAGAAGGAUGCGGCGACGGGCCGGCUGCUCGACGUCUACCAUAUCCCGAGGCAGGUGUACACGAACCCGCCGAAUUACAGCAUCGAGUCGGACGCGAGCAGCGCGACUUACCCGCUCGCGGUCGCUGCCAUCACCGGCACUACGUGCACGAUCAGUAGCAUUGGCUCGUCGUCCCUGCAGGGCGAUGCGCGCUUUGCUAAGGAGGUCUUGGAGCCCAUGGGUUGCAAGGUUGUGCAGACUGAGACUGAGACCACCGUGACUGGCCCACCUAUCGGUCAGCUCAGGGCGCUGGGAUAUGUCGAUAUGGAGCCUAUGACGGAUGCGUUCUUGACCGCCUCAGUGGUGGCUGCAGUCGCGGCUACGCCGCCAUUCGAGGGGCGCGAACUGGCUGACGGCUCGAGGCCGACGACAACCAGGAUCCUUGGCAUUGCGAACCAGCGAGUGAAAGAGUGCAACCGAAUCAAGGCGAUGAUUGACCAACUUGCCAAAUUUGGUAUUGAGACGAAGGAGCUUGACGAUGGCCUCGAGGUGUACGGAAGGCCUAUACCUGAGUUGAAGGAGGGUGCUAGCGUACACUGCUACGAUGACCAUCGUGUGGCGAUGGCGUUCAGUGUCCUCGGUACCGUGAUCAACGGUACUAUCCUUGAAGAGAAGCGCACGCCUACAAACGGUGGUGGCUCGGCUUCCGUCGUGAUCAUCGGUAUGCGCGGCUCUGGCAAGACAUAUAUUGGAGAGCUUGCUUCGUCGACCCUAGACGGAAAUUUUGCGAGACUCCUGGCGGACAACGCUGUGGGCCAUGUGAUCAGCCUGGGAGGAGGCAUUGUCGAGACACCUGCAGCCCGAGACCUACUCAAGGCCCACGCCAAGCGUGGUCCCGUUGUCCACAUUAUCCGGGAGCUCGACGAAGUCGUCAAGUACCUGGGAGAGGAGACGGCGAGGCCUGCGUAUGGAGAGCCCGUCGUUGAUGUCUUCCAGCGCAGGGAACCUUGGUUCGCCGAAUGCUGCAGCUAUGUCUUCGUCAACUACACGGGUGUUCUCACUGCGGCAGAGGAGCCGAAGCUCGCCAGCAACGAUAGCGUGCUCGCAACGGUGCAGACGAAUGGGUUCCGUAACGAGGUCGAGCGAUUUUUCAAGCACGUCACUGGCCAGCGUCCCAACUUGGUCUCGACCGGCGUCGCUGCGAGGAGGUCGUACUUCCUAUCACUUACCUACCCUGACAUCACUCCCGCUCUGCCCUUCAUGGAAGACUUGACUGCUGGCGUCGACGCCAUCGAGCUGCGUGUUGACUUGCUACGCACGUCGAAGGACUUCGACAAGCCAGGCCCAUACGUCCCUUCGGUAACGUAUAUCACGGACCAGAUCGCCGCCCUCAGGCAAGUAACGGACUUGCCGAUUGUCUUCACCGCGCGCACAGCGUCCCAGGGUGGACAGUUCCCUGAUCAUGCUGAGAAGGAGGCAUUCGGGCUCUUCAAGUCCGCAGUGCGCUUGGGAGUCGAGUAUAUUGACGUCGAGAUUUCCUGGUCCGAGCGACUCAUCCAGGAUCUUGCGUCUCGCAAGGGCCACUCCAAGAUCAUUGCUUCGUGGCAUGACUGGAGCGGCAACAUGCGCUGGGACACGAAGGCCGUCGAGGCCAAGUACCGCGUUGGUGCCGCGUUGGGUGACAUCGUGAAGAUCGUCGGCAAGGCCAACGCCCUUGAGGACAACUUUGCACUCCAGGACUUCGCCCGCCGUAUGGCCGCCGCGCCCGGUGCCAAGCCCCUGAUCGCUUUCACGGAUCCUCAACAAAACCCUCAGCCCGUGUCCCAUCCUCUGUUGCCCACUAAGGCUGCUCCCGGCCAGUUGUCCUUCGCCCAGAUCCAAACCGCUCUGCAUCUCAUUGGACUGGAACCCGCGCGCCGAUUCUAUCUCUUCGGCAAUCCCAUUGCUCACUCCAUGUCUCCAACUCUGCACAACGCCGCUUUCGAAGUACUCGGUCUGCCGCACACCUAUGAUCUCUUUGAAACAGAGACCGUCGGUGAGGAGAUCAAGGCCGCUCUGACAUCCCCGGAUUUCGGUGGUGCGUCCGUGACGAUACCGUUCAAGCUCGAUGUCAUGCCUCUUCUGGAUUCCUUGUCUCCCGAGGCGGAGGCUAUUGGCGCGGUCAACACGAUUAUCCCCAAGAGGAAGGCAGACGGAUCGCUCCUACUCCGCGGCGACAACACAGACUGGAUUGGCAUUCAGCAGUGCAUCAGGUCCUCGCUUUCCAAGCCCGUCGUCAAGUCCGAUACCGCGCUGGUCAUCGGUGCCGGAGGAACUUCACGGGCGGCGAUCUACGCACUUCACAGGCUCGGGUUCAAGGUGAUCUACCUCUUCAACCGCACACGCCAGAGCGCACAGGCGCUCGUGAACGCGUUCCCCAACGCCAAUGUCGCGAUCAUCGAUGAGCUGGGCACCUGGCCAGAGGGCGGGCAAUCGCCGCUCGUGAUUGUCUCCACUGUGCCUGCAUCGGCGACAACGACAGAUCCCAGCGUCGCCAAUGCGCUCUACCUUCCCAGUUCGAUUUUCACUACUCGUGUUCAAGGUGUGGUGAUCGACAUGGCAUACAAGCCCGCGGAGACCCCGCUGCUUGCUCUGGCGUCGAAUGUUGCGAAAGGCUGGAAAUCCGUGAGGGGAGUCCAGGUUUUGCUGGAGCAGGGCUUCAUGCAGUCCUCCCUGUGGACCGGCAGGAGGUGUCCCAAGCGGGUGGUAAGCGAACGUGUCUGGAACAAGUACAGCGCGUAGGCUUGUGAAUGUAUUCCAAUCCGAGAGCAGUAGUAGUACCUUGUGAUAAGGAGAGAUGAUAGAAUAGACAAACAAUGUAAAGCGCUUUCACUCACCUCAGUUUGAAUUACAUACAUACGACUCCGACGACUACCUGCUACUUAUUACUCGCGCGCGACGCGCGUCCCGGGCCAGACAAAAACGCGAUCACGUGAGUCGUGUUACACGCGCUGACCUGAUGACGUUGUUGUUUUUAUCUCGUAGGACGCGGAUGAAGCGUUACUGCAAAGAAAUUACGAGUAGUUAGCCAUGGACUACGUGUCUUUUCAUAGCUGAAUCGACCUUUGAAAUGGCGAUACCAUCGCAUACAGGGUUCGUAACAAGAGCCAUAACCGACCUACGCGUUCAGACGCUCUCCGCAAAUCAGGUUGUAUAAGCAAAGUAGUGGUCCCGCGACGAGAAGCACAGCCUGCA